CACAGAUUAAAUAAAAUCUAAUCUAUGGUUAUAAAUUAUACGUGGUUAUUUUAUGUUAAACAUAUUAUUCAAUUGACGGUCGGUGUUAAGUAUUCAUUAUUAAAUAACUGCUAUUGUCUCAUGUAAACAUUUAAGCAGUUGAAAUCAAAAGUGAAAUAUUACUGAAAUUUUAUUUCUAAAUUAAUUAAAGUUAAUGAUAUAGUUCUUACCACAAAAUAUCUAUUCAAUUUCAUCUCGUUCAAGUCUGAAUUGUUCAUUUAAAUUUUAUCAUCAUGAGCCUUCAAUGGACAAUAAUUGCAACAUUUUUGUACUUCGAGGUAGGAGUUUUAUUACUCUUCAUGAUUCCAUAUAUGUCAGCUCAACGUUGGAAUAAGUUAUUCCGGUCACGGUUUUAUCAGGCUUUGAGUGCUCAGGCUCAAUGGUAUUUCACAUUUUUACUAUUUGUUCUUGUUCUUUUCUUAUUAGACUCUAUACGUGAAAUGCGUAAAUAUUCUAAUCCAGAAUUAACUGAUGCUCAUCAACAUCUUGAUCAUGAAAUGCAAGCUAAUAUGCGAUUGUUUCGAGCACAACGAAAUUUCUACAUUAGUGGAAUUGCCCUUUUUCUGAGUUUUGUGAUAAAACGUUUUAUUGCUUUAAUGACAUUACAAGCAUCAUUAUUAGCACAGAGUGAAGCAUCCUUAAAACAAGCAAAAAGUGCCAGUGAUGCAGCUAAAUCGUUAAUGUCCAAAAAAGAUAAUGGAGAUGGAGAGUCAAAAGAAUUAAAAAAAUUAAAAGAAGAACUAGAAUCUAUUAAAGCUGAUAGAGAUGCCAUAAAAAGCCAAGCCGAAUCAGUUUCUAAAGAAUAUGAUAGACUUUUAGGUGAACAUGAAAAAUUACAAAAGACUGUUGAAAAAGAGUCAAAGAAGGAUGAUUAAUAUUUUUAUUUUAACUUAAUUACUUCAAAUAUUUAGAAAAACUAUAUGUUAUAACUUAAAUACAUAUUAGGUUUGAGAACUUUUAUGCUUUUGGUAUAAAUUAGUUUAAAAAAAAGUGAAUUAAUUUGUAAUAUAUACUAACUGGAGAGUGGUUUUAAAAAUAUUGUGAAGUUUUAUAUAAUAUGUGAUUUGUUUUGUUAAUAAAUAAUUUAUUUUGUCACUGAUAAAUAA